AUCAUAAAAACGGAAAAGAAAAUUAACACAGGAAAGAAAACCAUUCAAUCGCAAAAGCAAAUAAUAUUAUGGUGCUUACAAAUUUCAAUGGAGCUGGUAUCGGAUUUGGUUUCGGUGUCGGUUGUGGUUUCGGAGUUGGCUGGGGUUUCGGAGGCAUGCCUGUGAAUAUCUUGGGCCUCGGCGUAGGUGGAGGCUGUGGGGUUGGACUAGGCCUUGGAUGGGGCUUUGGCACUGCCUUUGGCAGUAAGUAUCGAACAUCUAGGGUCACGUUUCAAGGUAUGGAAUUUGACAAAAAGGAUCAUAGUGAUGGUGCAUCGUUCAAAGAGUUAUCAAAAAGCACCCAGGAAGUUGCCCAGCACAAAUCAAAGAAAGAUUGCUGGUUUGUCAUCAAUGGCAGAGUAUUGAACGUGACCAAGUUUUUGGAGGAACACCCAGGAGGAGAUGAGGUGCUGAUAGAGUCAGCAGGGAAGGAUGCCACCAAGGACUUUGAGGUUAUAGGACACAGCAAGGCUGCUCAAAACUUGCUCCGGAAAUACCAGGUGGGUGUUCUUCAAGGAUACACUUUCAAAGAUGAAGACUCCAAGGAAGUUCCCUCCAAGGAGUCCAAGAAGAAAGAGAUGAAUGCUUUUGUGAUUAAGAAUGAUGGCAUACCCAAGUAUGCCGCUUUUGUCGAGUUCUUUGUUCCACUCCUGGUUGCUGGUUCCUUCUUCUGUUACAGAUACCUUACCAGAGCAACCCAGAUCACCUAUUAGAUCUUCUCUUCUAAUAAUCAACCACUAUCCAUAAUUAUCUGUGUGUUUGUCUACUUUUGAGAGCUCUAUCUACUAGAAGUUUAGCUCUUAAUUUAUGGAAGCUCAUAUUGAAUAAAUGCAAUGAUAGAAAUAAUGAUCGAUUUAGAAACUAUUGUGCUACUAGAUGCUAUCUUAUGUCUUUAGCUAAAAAGGAGGAAAAAAAAUACUUUCUCAUGUUAAUACUACCAUAUUUCACAGGACAAGCGUGAAAACUACAUAUAUGAAAGAGGGCCAAAUAUCAUGUGUUAAAUAUGGCCAUUCAUGAAAAAUGCAUACCCCUGGUGUGAAAGUGUGUACAGUGUAUAUCAGAAAGCGUGAAUCAAUAAUUUUCCAAUUA